CCGCUUUUCCGAUGUAGUCUCCGGUCGUAUAGAAAUCGAUGGCUGUGUGAAGUGUAUGUUGUUCAGCUGAACGAACUAGCUUUUUAUCGUGCUUGUUUUCACUGUAAAUUAUUACCCGUGGAGCUUGUACUAGUUAGUAGGGUCCGGUCUCGGACAAGAGAGAUGAUGGGGUAAAGCCACAUUGGUGUCCUCGGAAGCACAGCUGCAAUUGCUUUCUCGAGAAAGAACAAAAUGACCUUCACCGAAGUUGUACAUCCACCCUCGUCCUCAAGAACCUCUGGUGCCGCAAGUCCUUUCGAAACAACAAGCGCCCGAGAUCUACAACAGCCGGGAGCCGGUGCUGCACAACGACCUGACCCUGAGAUCAUGUUGACCACAAAUAAUGGCGCCAGCAGUCCCCAACAGCCUCGGCCUCCGGCCCAGCACCACCACCAACUUUCAGAAGCAGCUGCAGCUGCUUCAGUGGAUCACGCAGUUGCAAACCCCCCACCCCCACCCCCAGACCGCUUCCAGACCAUCAAGUCGCUUGGCCGGGGCGCCUUCGGUCAAGUGGAUUUGAUUCAAAAUGGCCGGAAGAAGCAGUACGCAUUGAAACAAUAUUGUUUUUCGGAUCUACAAUCAGAGAAACACAAGGACCUGGCGCUUUAUGCUCUGCAAAAGUAUCGUACUCGUAGUAAUUCAUGGCUGUUAUGCAUGACAAAUCUCUUUGCCAAGGUAAAAGAGCAUUACAAAUUUUAUUUCGUAGUGCUAUAAGUCAAUUUGUAUUGCAAUUCAUACUAGUACGAUGCUUUUGCAUUUCAUACGCUGGAGGAAGGGUCGAUUCUGCAGAAAAUCCAACACCCCAACAUCGUACGGUGCUACUGGGUCCAAGUGACAAACUACACGAUAUUUCUGCUGCUGCAGGUACUACUUCAGUCCUGAUAGUUUUAUUUUCAUACCGGCUUGCAAGUCUGUCACUCAUGCGCUUUUUUAUAUCUACUAGAUAGUGCUUGUGCCAUCACAUCCCUUUACUUUGUUCCACGUUUCGCAUGACAAAUUCCACAGUACAUCGACGGCGGCGACCUGAACCUCUUCUUGAACUAUGAGAGUGCACAAGCACAACUCCCCCUCCCCCUCAUUCGUAUUGCAUGAACAGCAAUACAAGCGUCAGUAAGAGUACAGGUUUUGCAUGACAAAUUUGGACAGGAGUGUAGUGCUAUUUGGGCUGCCAGAACUUGUCAUGCAAACAUUGCCAAGAGCCAAGGCGUAAACUAGGCACUUUGCAUGACAAAUGAGGGGGAGGGGGAGUUGUGCACUGUCAUAUGAACGAGCGCAGGAACAGAAACUGCAAAAAGCCGAUCCCAGAGCGGAAAGUCGCUUCGUGGUUCAAGCAGUUACUUGAGGCGCUCUCCCACAUCCAUUCUCUAUCACACUAAAAAGUGGUAACGUUAACGGAAUUUGGCAUGCAGGAAUGCACGAUAAAUGAUGCCCAAAUUUGUAUUGCAUAGCAUGCAUGAUAGCGAAAAUCUGUCACGCAUGACUGCAAUGCCCCAAAACCAUUAACGUUAACACUUUUUUGCUUGAUAUUCUCUCUCCAUUCUCCAUCGGGACAUCAAGCCCUCCAACAUUCUCCUGUCCCACGACCAGAAACAGGUGUACCUGGCGGAUUUCGGGGUGUGUCGAAUGUUGAAGUCAACCCGGGGAAUGGCGAAUACGAACGUCGGCUCACCAGUCUACGCCGCCCCGGAGGUCUGGAGCAACAAGAGCUACAGUAACAAGAUCGACAUUUUCUCCCUCGGGUGUUGCAUCUUCGAAGUGUGCACGACGAAACCCCCGUUUGACGGGCGGAAUCUGGUGGAGAUUUGUCGGCAAGUGUACCGGGGACCUCCGAAAAUCGAAAAUGUGCUGAAUAAUGUAGUCAACAGUGUGAGCAGCGGAACCGCGUCAAAUUCCUCUGGGACGACGAGUGGCGGAAGCAGCACAAACAACAACUCCAACAGCAGCGCGCCGGGUACUAUCGGCAACAACGCGAUCGCUUAUCACUACAACUCUGUGCUCUCGAUGCUGAUCAGCUCUAUGUUGCAGCCCAACCCGGCCCACCGGCCCAGUGCGAAGCACGUGCUGGAGAGACUACCGCAAGUGCAGAGCUACUUCUACGGAAGUAACGCAGGCGGUGGUAGUUCCAUUUCAGGAAGUGGCGGCAUGAACGGUGAUCAAUAUCACCAGAUCAACAGCUACGCGCAGAAUUGCAUGAUCACCACGUCUUCCUUAACGACGCCAAGAGUCCAGCACAUCGCUGCUAGCACCGGAGCUCUGAUGCAGCAUCAGCAUCACAACAACGGGAUCAUGAGCUACAGUGUGAACAAUGGCCAACAUCAAAACCACCACCAGCAAACGGGGUCUUGCAACAUGCAGAUCAAUUUGGUCAACAACCAAGUGUUACCCCGGACGCCCCAAAGGCCUACAAGAAGGCACAGCGGCACGAGCCUGACACCAAGCGGGAUAAUACGACCGCCGAGUACGAAUGGCCUGCGCGGCGGCACGGGGGCUGUCGAGCACCAACACGGGAACAAUGCAGCUGUAUUGGCGAAUAAUCAACACAGUGCCUCGCAGCAACUCGGUGGGCAGCAGCUUGGGGCUCCACUUCCAGCACAUUUGACAGCACACCGGAAGCUGUCUUCCUCGAACUCCAUGCUGGAGAGAACGUCCAGCACGGCAUCGAACGGACAGACACAGAAGAAUCAACGUGCAGAAGUAGAAGCAGGGGCUACAAAAACUUCCGGGCAUCAUGAUCAAGGGAAUAAAGAGAGCAAAGGUGACUUCGAACAAUUCAGAAAAGAUGUGUCCAUGAAUGCUCCGUGGGCAGCGGCGGCGGCUGGAGCGAACAUUACUGCCAGCAAAACAAGUAGUCCGAUGAUUACAGUCGCAGGUGGGGUGGAUCAAGUGGGAGAUCAAUCAGAAAUAGGAGCCGUUGUACCACCAGGUACCAGCACAACUUCUAAUAGCGCAACUACAUCAGCCAACACUGUAAUUCCCCCACCCCCGUUCCUGCUUCAGCCCCUGGGAGUAGUUGUCAACAGCUGCAAUGCAGACCCAACACCGGGAGAGCUACAGCAGCACCAGCAGCAGCAGCAGCAAGCUUCUGACCUCAACGGCUGUCUGGUGGUGAGUGGCAUUGUGGUUGGCACCAACCCAGCGACCUCUUCGACGAACCCGGCGCCGCCGCAAGCACAACAGGUACAAAAUACCCAACCACAAAACCACUUCCCGCGUACCCGUUCUGCGGCAUCGGCGUCGCAAUCGCCGAACAGGGUCGUUGCGAACAAGCCGGGCGCGGCCGCCGGGAGUCUGCAACAGCUUGGCGUAGGAGGUCCUGUUCAAAAUGUUCUUGUUCCGCAACAGCACACCUCUUCUAACCCGCACUCGCACGGCAACACGUUGCGCCAGGUGUACCUGCGGGGACAAACUGGUGCGAAUCCAAGCCACCCAAGGUCUGCGAGGUUGCAGCCGCCUGCUGGCGUUGGGCCUUCGGUAGGACCGGAUGGUGUACUAGCAGCUGCUCAACAACAUCCUGGUGGAGGAGCAGGAGGAGGGGAGACGCAACAAGGCCAGAGUGAUUCAAAUUUUCAUCAAAACGGUAGCAUGACCACUGCGGCUCAGCAUCACCACCAUCUUCACGACGUAGAGCAUGGAGCCGCAGGCACAGCAACAGCGAACCCGCUCCACCCCAGCGCGGAUGACAUUGCGGAGUGGAAGCAGCUUUUUUACUACAUAGAGAAGGAGGAGGAGGAGAAACACCAAAAACAACUGGAGGAACAGAAGCUCUACCAAAUGUACUUUCAAGAAAACAAUUCCGAGUAUGGUGGAAGUGGUUCCUCAAAUGUCGAUGACGACGCAAAGACGGUAAAUUCCGCCGGCGGAACGGGUACGAACACGGGCUCGCUCGAUGCGGAUAUCAGUGCUCACGAUGUCAACCUCACCGCGCACAGCCAAAUUUUACCCGCACCUCAUCCGCCGAAUAGUGCCGACCGGGGGAAACUGUCCACCGCGGCACCUUCUAAGCGGAAGAAGCGGAUCCCGCCUAGUAGUCCAUUGGACGUUGAAGUGGAUGGGUCACAGGAGCAGGUUUUGCUUUUUAAUACACAAACGCCGGACUUGGCGAAUGCGCUGGACGAUUUUUUGAAAUCGGCGGUGGAAGUGGAAAUGGGAAGUGGUGAAAAUCUAUGAGAGUGCACAACUCCCCCUGUCCCUCUCCCUCAUUUGUAAAUGCAAAAUACUCAGUCCACAUCUUGCCUCUGAGCAUAGUUUGCAUCACAAAUUUUGGAGCCUCAAACAGUACUACAAAAAUCCGUGUGCAGAUUUUUCAUGCGGAGCUCGUUGUGUUGCUGCUUAUGCCAUUCAAAUAAAGGGGAGGGGGAGUUGUGCACUGUCAUAAAAUCACCAACAUCUUCACGAAAUCAGCGGGGGCGGCAACAGCAGUCAAAGUGGCCUGAGUCGGGACUUGGAAAACCAUUUACGGUCGACGUCUUUGAAAAUGAUAAAAAACGGCGGAGGUUUGAUGUCUAACAACUUCGAAAAGUCCGAAGACGUGAUGACUUGCAGAUCACACCGAACCUUCAGCGGCUUGACCGUGAAUGACGGAAUGGAGAUUGAACAGGAAAAUGAGUUCUUUGAUCUAGAAUCAAACCACGAGGGGGAGCAGCAGGGUCUUCACGCAGCGACGGAGGCAGAGGGAGACAUUUUGGCGAAAAGUGACAUGACGGCCACUUUCAUUGGAUCCUCGAAAACCCCGAACCCGGGUAGCGCCGGUAGGGCGAACGAUCAUCGGAAGAGAUUGAAACCUCGACCGUCGCCCAUCGCGAUAAAUAUGGAGGAUUGUGACGGCAAUUUUUUACAAGAUCAGCAAGCGGAAACCAUCGUGACGCCAAACGGGCAGUUUGUCGUUGAUGUCCAUGGGGGAAAUAAUUCAAAGCCGACAAGAACGCCUCUCCCGGAUAUUAUCGGUGCGAAUGGUGCAAUAAGUGGAACUGGAAACAACUACAGUCUCGGGAAUGUGUUUUCAUCUUCACGUGGUGUGCACUACAAUUCCCAGUUGCAGCAGCAGAACAGCAGGAUGCUGAGCAAUCCGGCGGACACGACAAUUUUCACACCAAAAACGGUUUGUGACGAGCUGCCACUAUUGUCCCAGGUUCACACACCAGCGUCUUCUGUUGCGACGGUAGCGGCUUGUGCGCCGGCUUGUGCGACAACGCCUGGGAUAGUACAAGUAGAGCAACAACUAUGGAGAGAAAAAAGUUUGUCACAGUCACUAAGUUGCAGGUUUUGCAUUACAAAUUUUUUUAGCAUCGCAACUUCUCCUUGUAUUGCAGAAACACUAGGGAAAUCCCUUAUGAAGUGUGGCUGUGAUGCAUUUUUACGCAUGACAGACAAUUUUGUAUUGCAAAAAUGCCCAUGAGUGAUCGCGACGAACUUUUUUCUUUUGAUAACAACAGGAGAUUGUUGCAGUGCUGCACUGCAACAAUCUCAUCAACAACAGUCUCGAAGCCGCAGUCAGUGGCUGGGACAAGGCGCAGGUCACGGAUACUGCGGUAUCCUGUGCAAAAGUAUCGUACUCGUAUUGCAAUCAUGCAUUACAAAUCUUGUUCUUCAGGCAAAUCCGCAUUACAGAUUCCAUUUCUGCAAGCGUUGGAAAUGGAAUCUGUGAUGCGGAUUUUCCUCAAGAAGUUCUUCAGGCAAAUCCGCAUUACAAACUUUAUUUCUCAUGCUGAGGAUAUUUGUAAUGUAUUUAUACGAGUGCGAUGCUUUUGCAGUUCAUAUGCGGCUGCUCCUGCUGAUUCUGCACCGAUGGUCUUGCCGGCUGUUGUCCACCAACAACAGCAGCAACUUCCGAUAACCAGUGCCGCGGGUUCAAGUCCCAUCCAAACCGACGCAAUCCACAUUCCAAACGGGACGCCGCCACCGAUUGGGAGCUGUGGUGGUGGAGGCGCAAUUUGUACUGGACCACCGGGCGGGCCGAGCACUACAAACGGAGCUGCGAACUCCGUUUUAUCCGUUGCCUCCCCGCCUGUCCUCGCGAACAGGAUUAUACCGGUGACGCCAAUCGGCGUGCAGCAGAUGCAACUUCCCGGGGAAAUCAACAGCCAUGAAGGCAACAAUCCAAGCACUGGCAGCAGCUCUGCAGACGGUGCGAAGAACUACGCCAGAAAGCAGCAAAUUAUGCUUCCCAGCCCCUUGACCCCCUGGGCAUCUGCGUCUGUGGCGAACGCAGCGGCUGCGGCGGUGAACAGCGUUGGGAAUAGAGAUCAUGCCACUGUUGGCAACAUUUCGUCUCCAGGAGAUAUGAACUCCGCCCUUUUCCUGAACCAAAUCGGAAGUAGUGCAGCUGCGGAACAUCAACAAGAAGAACACACGACUACUACUGCUCCCUACGUCGACCUUAACAACCGCCCACACAACAACUUCCAACCACCAGACCUCCAGCUUCUCCGGCCCAACAGCCGUGGAACCACCACUCCCACGCCGUUAAAGAACAUUCUGGGCACCACUUUAGUUCGGCCGCAAACGUCCGGAUCCCCGAGCCCGACGAUUCCGCGGCACAAGAUGAGCUCGUCUUUUUCUUUCCUGCGGUUCAUGAGCGGUGCUAGCUCCAGUUCGACCCAACUAGGCGAAGAAAGCGGGUCGAGCAGCUGUGACGAAAAAAACACGGAUUUGAGCUGCAAGGGGCACUGUCAGCAGGAUUUUCCUGAGAUGAAUGCCCAGACUGUCAGCAGCCCGGAAUCGCCGCCUGACUUCAUGGUAGAGAACGGGAACAAGCAGGCCGCCUGUGAACGAGCCGAUAACAGCAGCUGCGAAGAAGAAGUAGAAUCGGCAGAAGGCAGUUCCUCCGAGCAGCAACAACCGCCAAUGCCGACUUUGAAUCGCAGCAGCAACCGCAUAGCAGGGAUGUUCAGCAGCUUCCUCAACCGUUGCAGCUCGAGUUUGCGUGCGAGCUCCAACACGAAGCUAUCAACUGUAAAAAUGUCUGGGUCUGGAAGAAUUCAUGUUUGUCAUGCUUGUCUGGCAUGGCUCUUAAAUCUGUCAUGCACGUUCCCCAAGAGCUGCGCUUUUCUGUGAUGCAGAAGCGCAGUUUGUCAUGCAGAAUAGGCAACACCUAGGAGCUCAGAAACUUGUCAUGCUGAGCCAGCAUUUGUAGCCUCAUCAUGAGACGCCGCCCGGCAUCACAAGUUUCCAGACCCAGACAUUUUUACACUUGAUAGAAGCUGAAUCUGAACAAAUCGUUUUCGAAUGCCAGCAACGGAGUUGCUGUUGGACAACCGCCAGGAGGGAAUACUAAAACAGAUUCGGAAAUAAAUCAAGGUGAUAGAGGAAAAGACGCAACAACAUACUCACAAGCGGAAGAUCACAGCCAGCCCGCUAUCAAAUGCAAAAAUGUCUGGGUCUGGAACAUUGUAAACUUGUGAUGCUGUCUGUGGAUUCUGAAAAAAUUUGUAUUGCAUGAACAGCAAGAGGACUCCAGUUUGUGCUACGCGGAGAAGGCAUUUCUCAUGCGGUAGAGGUAUCACAAAGCGCUCCAAAAAUCUGUGAUGCUACGGCAUGCAUCACAGACAUCAUCGAUCAUGGCAAAUAGGCAUGACAAAUCUCGAAAUCUUCCAGACCCAGACAUUUUUACAUUUGAUACCCACUGGCGCAGAGCCAGUGUGUUCCGGUAUCUUGUUGCCUGAGAUCGAACACGGCAGUGGUGUGAAUGUGGUGGAUUGCAAAACGAGCGGGACGACCACGAGCGCUGUGGUGCAAAACGAGAGGCAGGCACAUGUUCAUCUUCAGGGUGAUCUUCCAGGAGGAAUAAGAGCGACUCUUCCUCUCCUGACCUCCGACUUGGUUCAAGAUCGGGCGCAAGAACUUGUGGCUACUGUUGACGGAGAAAGUUGCGUUGAUGCAGCCGCAAAUCACCGUGACGAACCCGGCGUGGUGGACAAGAUGCCUGCGAUUUUCAACAAGCAGAACUUGUUUUCCUCACAGAAGUUCACAAAAACCGCGCCGGCAGCCAGAAACGACUCUUUUCUCGCCACGGCUGCGGCGAGUUUGCUGAAGGAUGAAAGUGCUGCAACUUCUUCUGCCGCGACUGGUGGUGGAAUACACGAACAUAGUGCAGACCGCGAGCAGGAAGAGCGUCGCCCAGCACCUGUCGUGGCGUCUACCAUCGCUUUCACGACUUCUGCUGCACCAUCCAGCAAGAACUCGAUGACUGGUGCUAUUCCCUCUGCUCGUCAAAAGGCCGCCAGCGGGGAAAACUUUCACCAGUCCAACCACAGUUUCGCGAUUUCCACCCGGCCAUCGGGCAGCGCCACGCGGACGGCACGAAAUCCUAAUCGGGCCGCGGUAAAUUUCCCCAAGUUCCAGCAAAAUUUGGCCGGUACGAAUGAGAUUUACAACAACGGGACGACAAAUGGAGGGACAAGCACAGGCCCAAAUAGCGGUGGAGGAGGCAAUCCUAGGUCCGUAAACUGCUCGGGGAACCACAUCAAGGAGGCGAACGGCUGGAGCAGUCGCGAGAAUGGUAUGAGCAACAACUCCACCUCGUCCACAGCAAAACAAGCGGGGCAGAUGCUGACUGCUCGGGGAGAGCGGGACAAAGACAACGGCUUGUCGCGUGACAAAGCUGCUGCAGCAAAGAGCCAUAAUUCCCAGCACAACUACUCCAGCGCCCGUACCACGACGAACCACAAGCAGAUCAUGAAAAUCGCGAAUCAGAAAUUGACUUUCAACGCCGAUAGUGUGGGAACUGCAGCGAGUGCAGCCUCGAACAACAACAAUCACAAGUCCUCACAACACCAGCACCACCGCACCACCUGUCGCAAGACUGGGGAGCAGAUUGUCGCAUCGUCACACCAACACCGAGUGAUCAAACCGCAGCCGCCAAAUUUCCCCCGACAGCACGGUGUAAAUCCAAGAGCGAGAAUUCGUAGUCACAACGCGACACUUGGAGCCUUGGCCGGUGGCGUAGAGCAGGAACGGCAGCUGGGGCACCAAAACAGCAAUACAAAUAGCUCCAACGCGAAUUCGCUCAGCCAAGAGAUAGCGAAUGUCGUUGGCGGUGGAGGGACGGGGGGCGCAAGCGGAAACGGUCCUGCUUUCAUCGUGCCGCCCGCGUCGCGUGAUUUCGGAGCGAAAGUGGUAUUAGAUGGUCUUCAUGAAGUUCUUCAUUGCAACUUUCUAAACUUGUCUUUCUUUCGUUUGAUGUCGCACAGGCUUUUUGACAUGCGUGGACAUCUUCUUGAAGAAAUUGUGCUAUCAUAUCAACCUCAAAUCAAACUCCUAUCUAAGGUCAAUAUCGGCGAGUCGGUGGAGUGGCAGACGGCGGUCUGGAUGGCCCAGAAGGAAAUAGACGGGGAGAAAAUGCCCGAGGACUCGCUGCGGUACUCGUCCUCGGAAGCGGCGACCAGCUCCAACUGCACCCCCGUGGUGCGGGGAACUUGACGGCGGUCGAAGUUGUCGUAAGUUGAAGUACUUAUGUAGAAUUUCAAAAUCGUCACUGCAAGAGUGAGAACUACAGGAAUUUUUAAUCAGUUACAGUCUUGUCGUCCUAAAUAAACUUUUAAGCUUGACCACAUCAGCGCUUUCUUGAAUGAAACCACAAUGAACUUUUUUCGAAAGCAACAGUCAGUAUGAUGUUGGUCACUCACAGCAACAACAGGAAUAAAUAAGAGUUGAAUAUUAGUAGAAUGGAUCAAAUGCAAGAUUGGCAGUUUUCAAAUGCAGAUAGGUGCGAGUUCUUGUACAAUCGAGAUCAGUAGCUGAAACGACGAAAGCGACAGCGUUCAACCGCGGAAGGCAAAUGCAUUUGGCCUCUGAGCAUCUGGGAAAUGUUCCUUCAUCAGAGAAGUGUGUUCAUCCGGUUCGCAUCUGUCUGCUUUAGGUCAGAGGCUUUUUUCUCGAAGGC